AUGAUCCCCAUAGUCGUGGCCACUAUCGUUAUCCGCAUUUUCAUUAAUCGCGUCGGGGUCGCUUUUCGAAGAGCCGUUUUCCGAAAGGUGCGCCUCCUCAUUGCGGGCCAAGUGUUCAGACGGGACGGCAUCCGUCCUGCCAUUUUCCACAACUUGAAUCAAAAGGGUAUCACCGAGGAAUACUUCGCCAAGUUGCUUGUUAAACCGCAGCUUUUGAAAGGUUUGUUGAGCCUCCUGGUGAAACCUUUGGCGGUCGUUGUCCAUCGCGGAGAUCGUUUGAUCCGGAGCUUCUGGCGAUGA